GUGUCAAUCCAAUUUUUACUGAGAUCUUUCCUUACUGUUUGUAAUUGGGCAGGUGCGUUCCAUACAGAUACAAGAAACAACCAGCCUCCAUUGAAGAUUUAGAAGUUCUUCUGAUUAGUUCACAGAAUGGUCAUUCUAUGUUGUUUCCUAAGGGCGGUUGGGAAAAAGAUGAAUGCACCAUGGAACAGGCACUUUCUCGAGAGACCAUAGAGGAAGCUGGUGUGAUUGGCAGUAUCGAAUGUAAAUUAGGCAAAUGGGGGUACAACAGCAAGAGAAAAAGCAAAGGUGUAUGCCAUGAAUGUUGCAUGUUUUCUUUGCAUGUUGAGCGAGAAUUAGAAAGUUGGCCAGAGAUGAACUUCCGCAAACGAAAAUGGGUUACUGUGGCUGAAGCUAAAGAAGAAUGUCACGUUUUGUGGAUGAAGGAAGCCUUAGAUAAGUUUGUUAGUUAUCAAACGAAUGAAUUGAGAAACAGCCGAACAAUGGUUGCCUAAUUUCUUGAAUCUGUGAGAUUAGAACAUUAGAAGGAUAGGUGAAGGAAAAGCAAGUAGGCAUGAGAGAUUCAGAAUCCCAUUAGCGACAGAAAUGGAAAUUGAGGGGAUAUGUAGCGGCCCUGUUCAUCCGGAGGAUGUUGAGUCUUGGUUAUGAUGGAAGGAUGAAUCCAUUCAAAACCAAGAAAGCUUAGAAGUCUGGUAACUGUACAAAAUUUCGAAUAUUUUUGCUCUUCUGAUUCCUUUUGAAGUGUAGAAAUAUUGAUUCAUUCUUUCAAGAGGAAUAAAAUUCUGAUAAGUCUUUCUUUCCAUUUACUGGCCAUUUUCUUGGACCAAUGUCCUGCAGCUCCUGUUCUGGCUAUAGAUUACAUUCAUGUAGUAGCACAAGUGCAAAAGGCUUAAUUGCUGUUAUUGCCAAGUUUUAUCAUUUUUCAGGGUUAUUGAAAUAAUAUAACAGACGAUGUGUG